AUGCGUCCUGAGGGCCCGCUGACCCACGGGUGCAAUAAAGCCCGGCAGGGUUCCUGUGGCUUGGGUCCGGCAGCACAGGCCUCGGUCAGUGGGAGUGCGGAGGAGGGCACCGUCUUCAGGAUGGAGGCUCUACAGGAGGGGGCGGCCGGGGUGGAGAGUGAGCAGGCGGCUUUGGGGGAGGAGGCGGUGCUGGUGUUGGACGACAUCAUGGCGGAGGUGGAGGUGGUGGCCCAGGAGGAGGGCCUCGUGGAGCGGCAGGAGGAGGCCCAGCGGGCACAGCCUGGCGCUGGGCCCAUGACCCCAGCGUCUGCACUGGAGGAGCUGCUGGCCGUUCAGGUGGAGCUGGAGCCGGUUAAUGCCCAAGCCGGGAAGGCCUUUUCUCGGCAGAGGGAAAAGAUGGAGCGGAGGCGCAAGCCCCACCUCGACCGCAGAGGCGCUAUCAUCCAGAGCGUCCCUGGCUUCUGGGCCAAUGUUAUUGCAAACCACCCCCAGAUGUCAGCCCUGAUCACUGAGCAAGAUGAAGACAUGCUGAGCUACAUGAUCAACUUGGAGGUGGAAGAAGUGAAGCAUCCCGUUCAUCUCUGCAAGAUCAUGUUGUUCUUUCAGAGUAACCCCUAUUUCCAGAAUAAAGUGAUUACCAAGGAAUAUCUCGUGAACAUCACAGAAUACAGGGCUUCUCAUUCCACUCCAAUUCAGUGGUAUCCGGAUUAUGAAGUUGAGGCCUAUCGCCGCAGACACCACGACAGCAGCCUUAACUUCUUCAACUGGCUUUCUGACCACAACUUCGCAGGGUCUAAUAGGAUUGCUGAGAUCCUAUGUAAGGACGUGUGGCGCAAUCCCCUGCAAUACUACCAGAGGAUGAAGCCACCUGAAGAGGGAACAGAGAUUUCAGGGGACUCCCAGAUGCUGAGUUGAAUAUGAUGGAGCAUCGGACUUUACCUAAAACAGCAGAACUCCUGAAAACUUACUACAGUAUGCAGGAUGUCAGUACUCACGGUCUUAUGCGCGGGAACUAAAGGAAAAACAGAUCCAGUCACAAAAAAUCAGACAGGC